UGGUGGUCAGAAAGGCUGAGCUCGAUCUGAUUCUCCACCUCAAACUGGCGGGCGGACCGUGGACUACAGCGUGCAGCACAACAGGUUUUUCUUGAAGUCGCUUUGAGCUGUGGACUAUAUUUGCUCGACUGCACGAGAUGAUGGGUUUCAGAGAGGAGAAGCAGCACCUGUAUCGGACAAUGGCUGGACACUAACGAAUCUGUCGGAAGGUUUCUGUGUGUUUUCCAAAAAAAGCUGUGGCAUAUUCUGAAAACGAACAGUGCAGUCAUGAAGUCAGUCCUGGAUGGUAUAGCAGACACAACGUUUCGAACAAUAACCACAGGUUUACAGUACCUUGGCUCGAAUGAUGUAAAUUAUGAUGAAGCAGGCAUUGAGACAGACUUUACCAAGGGAGGAUAUUCAUCCCAAAAACUGUCUUUCUCUGCAUUCCGUAGUGGUUCCUUCCAUGGGAAGUCAACAGCAGAAGAUGAUCUUCUUUUAAAAGGCAUUCCAUUCUAUCCAACAAACAUUACCGACCUGUACACAAACAAAUCGACCCCUGCCUACAUGGAGGAUGAAGGCAACAUACAGUGUGGGGAGAACUUCAUGGAUAUGGAGUGUUUUAUGAUCCUGACACCCAGUCAGCAGCUCGCAAUUGCUGUCCUGGCCUUGACACUUGGAACUUUCACAGUGCUGGAGAAUUUUGUCAUCUUGUGUGUCAUCCUUCACUCACGUACCCUCAGAAACAGACCUUCGUACCAUUUCAUUGGUAGCCUUGCAGUGGCAGACCUGCUGGGCAGUGUCAUAUUUGUGUAUAGUUUUGUUGACUUCCAUGUUUUCCACCGCAAGGACAGUCCCAGUGUGUUUCUCUUUAAGCUGGGUGGAGUUACAGCCUCAUUCACCGCCUCUGUGGGUAGUCUCUUCCUUACUGCCAUAGACAGGUACAUCUCUAUCCACAAGCCUCUGGCUUACAAACGGAUUGUUACUAGAACAAAGGCUGUGAUUGCCUUCUGCAUGAUGUGGGCUAUUUCAAUCAUCAUAGCAGUGCUCCCUCUGUUAGGAUGGAACUGCAAAAAACUCAACUCUGUUUGCUCAGAUAUUUUCCCUCUGAUUGAUGAAAAUUACCUUUUAUUCUGGAUUGGGGUCACCAGCGUGUUGCUACUAUUCAUAAUCUAUGCUUAUGUGUACAUUCUGUGGAGGGCGCACACCCAUGCCGUCAGAAUGUUAAGCCGUGGAACUCAAAAGAGUGUGAUUGUGUACUCCCCUGAUGGUACUAAAGUGCAAAUUACUAGACCAGAGCAAACCCGCAUGGACAUUAGGCUAGCAAAAACUCUAGUUCUUAUUUUGGUGGUCCUGAUAAUCUGCUGGGGACCUGUAUUGGCAAUAAUGUUGUAUGAUCUCUUUUGGAAGAUGAAUGACCUCGCCAAGACCAUCUUUGCCUUUUGCAGCAUGCUCUGUCUGAUGAACUCUACAGUAAACCCAAUCAUUUAUGCUUUGCGCAGUAAAGAUCUGAGGCAUGCGUUUCGUAGCACUUUCCAUUUCUGUAAAGAGUCUGCCUUGCCCUUUGAUAACAGCGUGGAAUCUGAUUGUCAGAACAAGCAAUCGCACCACAUUGGCAGUGCCAAAAAAGCUGCAGAGAACUGUGUGAAGAGCACUGUGAAAAUAGCCAAAGCAACCAUGUCUGUCUCCACGGAAACAUCCGCCGAGGCAGUGUGAGUUACUCAGCUACUAUCAGCUGUGAUAUACAAGUAGAAGCAACAUACAGCACUUACUGUAGUUUUAAUCAUUUCACACUCUAAACCCCCAUAUAUAAAGAUCACAUGGGGACUGUUCUAGUUAAAAAGUAUUCAUCAUAUCUGAUGUUGUUGUAAAACAUGAAAUUCUUGGUCCUUCUCCAAGUGCCAAAUUGAGUUGUGCACGAUAGAGAGCACUGUCCAUGGGAGAGGGAGAGAGGAUGGUGAAGGGGGGCAUGGGGGGAUUAAAAAGAACAACAUGUAAAUAAAGUUUUCAUGAUUAGUCGGGCUGUGAACUUGAGCGAAGUAUAAAUGCAAUUUAUUUGUAAUAAGUGAACUCUUUCUGAGUAGCGCAUAUAUAAAGAACAAUACAAACAACAUCAUUUGUUAACUGUGAAAUCAGGUCUGUUCUAUUCAUAUUUUAUAUUUUAAAAUGAAACAUGGGGCAAAGGGGCUAUUGCACUUGGUAUUCUGUAGUAAAAUGUGUUUAUGUAUAUUUGAACUGAAAAUAUGGUAUAUAAAUACUAAAGUGCAGCUGAUAAACUCAUACUGUUAAUCAUUUUGAAAAGUUCGCUCAUCAGUAUUGACAUUUACCGCAUUGUCAAAGUGUGUUGUUUGAAAGUGAAAAGAGAAAAAUUUGGUGGGGGCUUAAAUAAAAUUACAGAAUCAUUUUACAGGGAUUUUAGACACCUGUCUUGCAAUUACACAAUGUAGUUACACUUUUGGGAGACAAGAGUGUCUUUUAAUUACAUAUCAUGUAAAUAAUGCAUGAUAUAUAAUUAGCCUGUAAGUACAAUGUAAUUACAGUGUAAUUACCAUACCUGUAUUUUGAAGUGUGAGUCAGUUUUGAUGUUUUUUUGUGAAAAUAGGAAAUUCCAACCCUGGUUGCGUGAAUCUUCUUUUUUUCUCUUUUUGCUGGAAAGGUUGAAUGUUAACAAAUUUUCCAUCCGUGGUGCUUGGAAAAAAAAGAAGAAACUUUAAGCUCUCUUUAAUAGAUAUGUCAUUUUUUUUUUUUGCUAUUAGCACUGUACAAAUUUAAGAUGUAAUGGUUUUGGCAUCUCAAGGGGCUAAUUUACAGCACUGAUGGAUGAUAUUAAUCUUGUAUGGUUAGAGGCUAAUGAGCUCCUGCUGCGCGUUCACAUUGAACAGAAGAAAAUGUUUGUAUAACAAGUCAACAGACUUGUGUUUAUGAAGGUUUUGAAGCAUCAGGAGGUCAUAUGAGUGGUUUAGAAAUGUCUUUUUCAAAUUCCAUCUUUUCAGAUUACAGAGCUGGCAGUACUUUUUUGACCACUCAUGUACUACUACAAUAUUUUACCGUUCACAAGAGAGAUUAUCUAGGUCAAAUAUUACUCAUGCUGGGUUCACUUUAAAAUAUCAAAAUAUGUAACACUUCACAGGAACUAUUUACAAUCAGAUUUGUAAUUUCACAAUGUACUUUCACCACUUCCUCCUUGCAUGUUUGUUUUCUAGCAGAAGGUAGUUGAGGAACAGAUGCCUUUAAGUACGAAGAGAAUAUACACAAGUAUUAUAGAAGAUAUAACUACGUUCCACCAGUUAGACACUAUUAAAAAGAAGAGGGCAUGGGUGUCUGUAGCCAUUAAGAACCAAGAAGAAUGGCUUCUGGCAAAGCUGCUGCUUAUUUAAUAAUUUUUUAAAAAUGACAGUUUUCUGUCUCUUCUUAAAUAUAAGUGGUUAAAGAUAGGGCUGGGUUAGGGUUAAUCCAGAAAUAUAUUGGUUUUUCUUCAAGUUAUCCAUGAGUUUUGCAAAUAUAUGCAUACUUAAAUGCUGAAACACUUAAUUAUGUUGUACCCAACUUCCUAGCACUAUGUUUGUGUUGACAGUUCCAAAAUAACUAUAUCAUGCACAGGUAAAACCUAUUUCCUUUUUUAAUGAUUUGUUAAAGUUAGUUCACUUUUGACUGGUUGUUCAUGUUGUUCCUUAAACAUAGUUUUCAUUUACUGUAGCACUAGCCUAUAUUCUGUUAGCGCUUACGAGCAUACACAGACGGCAAAUAUUUUCAGUCUGGUUAUAUUCAAUGUAGGAUCACAGAAAUCAUGAGCUGGUCAUGUCAGCAUUGGCCACAAACUAGGAACCAACACUACAACGCACAAUAAUUUAACACAGGACACACUCAAGACCAAAGUCACGAGUUUUAUAAUUAGCAGGAAGUAGCUGCUAAUUAAGAGAUUUUUUUGCAGCGAAUAGCAGCAGCCAUAAUGACACCCACAGCGUUAGCAGGAAAGUUUUGCUAUAGUAUUAGAGUUGUUUUCUUCUACUCAAUAACAUUCCCCAUCCAGUUACUGAACCCGCUUAGUCUAAUUUUAGGGUUCAGAAAGGCAGCGCUUAUCUGACAACAUUGGCCUCAAGAAGACCCAGGCUAGGACAGGACAGAAGAAAAGUUUUUUCCCUAGGCAGACAAAUUACAGUCGUCAAUUAACUAAAUUGUAUUUCUACUGGAUAUGUCAGAAGAAACUGCAGUACUUAAAGAAAACCAACAUUGACAUGGCAAGAACAUGCAAACAUUAGCAAGACGGGAUACAAAUCUUGAAGCCACAGUGCCAAAUCCAAACCAUCUUGAAUGCUAUAAAAGAUUAGAAUAGGCCGUCAUUUUGUAGUGUUCAAAUAGAAAACAUUGCAGAAAUGUUAGGAUCCCAGUGGUAAUGAAAUAUACAGUAGUUACAUUGUAAUUAAAUAUUGUAUUUUUAAACAAAAUCUACUUUUUUAUUGAUUUUGCAGACAUUCAAAACAUUUCAGUCAAGUAAUUCUCUAUACCUUGCAUAUUUUUAAGCUAAUUUCUUUUUUACAUUCAUAAUUGAAUAUAUAUUGCUGAAUUAUUUUUCUAAACCUAAAUAUUAGUUGAAAUUAAGUUACUUAGACAACCAAGUAAACCAUAUCUUUUCUGAAAAAAAUGAUUUGCUACAAUAUGCAAAGUCCUUGCUGUGCUCAAAAUGAAGUAUUUCAAUCAUAAAUGGCAAGCGGUAUGUAACAUUAGUGGUUUUUCAUUUCAGAGCUAAACUACAAUAGUCUCAAGUUGAUGACAUUUAUGGCUUUUUAGAAAUAAUAGCAGCAGUCUUUUACGCUAGAGAAUACUGUUAACAAAAUUGCUUUUUUUUCUUAUUCUUUGCAUAUAAGAUUUUUUUUUCAGAGCUUUAUGUGUGUGUAAGGAAUAGUAGGUAAAUAAUGAGGUUUCAGAAAGGAUGAAGCCUUAAUAUCCAGAACGGAAACGGAAGGAUUAGGCUUGAACCACUCAUGAGGCACGGUCUGAUAACAAAUGAUUUCCACAAUAGAAACAGACAUGAGAAAAUUGAGUAUAUUGGUUUUUGUAACUAAGUUGCACUUGCUUAAGAUGAUACUUGAACCACACAGUGAAAAAAAAAAAAACAAAAACAUAAUAUACCUGUGGAGCUCACAACAGUGCUUGUUCAAUUUGAUAAAGAUCCUCUCAGCUACUCAAAAAAACAAAUUUUGCAGACAGCUUUCAGUCUGAAAUGUGCCCACUAGCACCAGAUUAAGCAAACAUGAAUGAUCAAUUCUGUGAUGGAUAUUGGAGCUCAGUUUAAAGCUGAAAUAUGCCAGAUCCUUUUUUCUGAUGUCACUUUUUAAGCAAUAAGUCAAAUGAACAGUUAGGGUCUUCUAGUUUUAUUAACAUUUAUUAUUAGCAAUCUCUUUGUUCAUCUCUGCCCCAUGAUAAAUCCCUAGCUGUUAACAGUAAAUAGGAAUAUAUGCUUUAAAUGGGGACCACCCUAAAGCAAAGGGCAUACACAAUACCCUGCCCUCAAUUCACAAUGUGCAACUAUAAGAUUAAAACCAAUGGUGGUGAUGUCCAUUUAGAAUGGGUCUGCUUUUCAUUAUGAGGGUCUUGCUGCUCUUAGUAGCAGGAAUGCUAGGUUCUCUUACUUCAGUUUUGGUUUUGUAGCUGUUUGACUGGUGCUUCUGGCAUAUGGUCAGAAUGACUGUGAUUCUGGUGUCACCUGGUCAUUGCCACUCAUGAUUUUGCAGGGACCUUGACUAGAGACACUUUAGGCACAUCCUUAAGCCAGUCCUUAAGUUGUUGUACGCCCAGUAACAUUUACCACCAGCACAUGUUUAUGUAAUCGCAGCUCUAAAUAACCCUUGGAAGAGUUAGGGUACAUAGGAGAACCUGUGUUAUGCGAAGGCAGCCUAGAAGCUCAUUAGUUAGCACCACUGCCUCUCUGCACCAGGGUUAAAGGCAUACAAGUUAGGUUAAAUUGAAGAAAAUUAAUAGCUGGUAAGUAAACGUGGUCCACCUGAUCUGGCACCAUGCAGUCCCUCAUUGAUGGAUUGAAGGCCAGAUGUCCACAUGACUAUCAUCAUCUAAUUCUUUCACGUG